AGCUUGUACUUAAGAUCGUCCCAUGAUCUGCGGGGACUAGUUUCUUCCACGCGCAAAAGCCUAAAUAAGUUGGCAGAUGUCGUUGUUUAGUAAUUUUGGUUUGUCCCGGUCUGAAGCACCGGGACCAAAGAGGUCAUUCUCAACGCCACUGAACAGCCCACUUAGCAAUAUGGCAUCUGCCCCCGCAAAGGAACCUCGCCCGUCACCUUCUGCUGAUAACUUGGCGUCGUUGAAAAAGACUGCCAUACAUGAAAAUCCUCUUGACGAGGUUCUCGAGUCUGAGCAUCCGUGGACCGUGCGGGAUAUCGGGAUAAAUGCUAUAUCGGGUAUCAUCAACGAUCCACACGAGCAAGCAAAAUCAGGACAAAAGCCAUUAAAAGGCAUGGAUAGCAUAGUCCCCGUUACGCCUGCAGUAAUACGGAAGGUGCAAACUUCCGAGUUCGACCCUUACAUCAAGUCGCUUGCGGACGUGUUCGGGAAGUAUCAACUAAACCGAGCUGUGGGAUUGGCCACAGCAACGGAGGGUAUGCCCAUGUUAGGCAGCGUAGACCAGCCGUCACCGUCCUUCGCCAACCUCGAAGAAUUGACGUCGCGACUGGGCGUGGCGGGAACCGAGAAACGAGGGUCAUCCGGACUAUCUGCAAACCAAAAGAACAGGCUACGAAAUGCAAAUGUUGUUUCCCUUGACACUGUUCCCUCUAUAUUUCUAGAGCCCGAAUUCAACCUGAGCAAUCCGCACACUUUUGCCACUGUUUGUGAGAACGUCGAUAUCACGUCCGCAACCAGCUCUGAGUCGACUACAACCAAUGGAAUUUUGCAAGAGAAGUUGUCACAUUAUCUGGAUACCGUGGAAGUGCACCUAAUUAGGGAGAUUUCGCGACGAUCAUCCUCGUUCUUUGCGGCACUAGCAAACCUUCAAGCCCUCCAUCAUGAGACGCAGUCGUGCGUAGCGCAAAUCAAAGGUCUUCGGGAGAAAUUGGCCGGAGUAUCGCGGACGACGACAAAGAAAGGGUUAGAAGUGGUGCGCUUGAAACGAAGAAGAGGCAAUCUUGGGGUGCUAUACGGGGGAGUGAAGCUGGUAGCGGAGAUACGGCAAUCGCAACCGAUGAUACAAAGCUUGUUGGAUCAUGGUGACUUUGUAGCGGCACUGGAUAUGGUUGAGCAUGCCAGUUUGGUGCUGCGGGGGCUUGAUGUGCACGGAAAAGCUUCUAACGCCACUCAAGAACAAUCUGCACUCACCCACGGCGUCAGAUUGGUGCGUAGUACUUCAAUAGUGUCGCAGGCUCUGGACCUCAGACGGGUCAAAGCCCUGGCCAGUUUUAGUGCUCAGCUAGGACACCUUGCACGAACGAUUGGUACGAUGAUGGAAAAUGAGCUGGCAAAAGUGAUUUUGGCGGACGUCCAGGAGACUGUGGCCACCAUGGACGCCUCAAAAAUUUCACCGGGAAUCAAAAAAGCACCGGCAUCGAACUGGGUUCAUAAUAUGCUCAACAACAAGUACUCCUUUAAUGUAUCCUCCCCUGUAACACCAUCAUUUGACCAAAGUCUAACUGUGGACGAAGAACGAUUGAAAAGUCGCUUGCUACCACUGGUACUUGGACUCUUGCGAAUGGACAGGCUCGGAAGCGCACUGCAGCUGUACAAAGACGCUCUCUUGAAAGAGGUGAAGACCAUGUCCAAGAAGUACUAUCCCCCUGUGUUGGCGCUUGAUUCAAUCUCAGGCUUGUCGCCCAUGGCUUCAUCUCCUAUGACUCCAAACACCGAAAACAGUCAACAGCAAAGCCCACUGGCACGGCAGCUUCGCUCGAUGACUUUCGAUGCAUUUUUUGACCUUCUCCUUAUGGUAUAUGUCACCCUCCUGCACGUCUUACAGCGAGUCGCGAUUGUCCACCAAAUCAUCGUAGUAAUAGUAAAGGAAGCGCAAGAGCGUGGGGUAGUGAUAGGUGCCGAUAGCGGGAAACUGCUCGAAACAAGUCCUUCAGAGUCCGUUUCUGAUCAUCCAAAUAAAUUGAAAAAGAAAUUGAGUGAGGAGGAGGACGAGUUCGGAUCCACGGCAACCUUAGAUAUUCAGAACGAAAUGCUGAUGGGUCCGUCGCCUGGCGAGAAGCAGAGCACCUCCUCAGCGGAUGCUGGUGACGAUGGGUCGAGUGCAUCAUCUACCUACGGGCAAAUGAUUUCCGAGUCAUCCGACGUCCUUUUCUCGGCAUCCGAUUUGGCACAUGUCCGGUGCGCCAAGCUAAUAGGGGUACGUUCCGAGCAAAACGCCCAGCUCAACCCUACCGAUUUCUUUCGCCUAUUCGGAGCGACGUGGGAGUUCGUGGGAGGAGGGGAGGCCCUUUGCGGGCGAAUGUGCUUUGGUUUAAAAGGGACGCUCCUAUCUCAGGCGAAAGCUUUCAUAAAUCGCUUUCAUGAAGAAAAGGCAAAGCAAGUAGCUCAUAUAGUCGAAAAUGAGCAGUGGGCACAAGCGGAGGUGCCUGAAGACUUUCAGCAUCUUGUUGAGCAGUUUUUUGCCGUUAGCGUUCCGUCGUCGCCUGAUAAGCAUAGUUCCAGCGAAGAGUCCUUGGAGCGUCAAGAGUAUGAAGAUGAUGGUGACAUUGGGGCUCUCCGUGGCAGUGUUACGUCACCGCGGUCCUCAUUGGUGGGGAUGAAUGCAUCGUCAGGCGGAAGAAGCCAGCGAUAUCUCGUCAUCGACGGACAGAAAUAUAAUGUCGUCGCAUGCGUCCUGCUAUUUUUGAAGAUGCUGACGGAAUACGUUCAGUGUAUGGAAAAUAUUCCCGCUUUGACAACAGAUGUCCUCAAUAGAAUAGCUGAUAUCUUGAAGCUUUUCAAUUCACGGACAUGUCAGGUAAUCUUGGGAGCAGGAGCAAUGCGAUCUGCCGGUCUGAAGAAUAUAUCAGCCAAGCAUAUAGCUUUGGCAGCUCAGUCUUUAGGGGUUGUUAUUGCCGUAAUUCCCCACAUAAAGGAGAGAAUUCAAAGCCACUUGCCUCCGAAGCAGCAGAUCCUACUGGGGGACUUUGACCGACUACUACGCGACUACAAAGAUCAUCAAAGCGAAUUAUACGCCAAGCUCCUGUCGAUAAUGGAGGACUUUUGCCUUGCUCAGACCGAUCGGCUGAAGGCCAUAAAUUGGGAUAAUCCCGAGCCUGCUCAGUUUUCUUCAGAGGAAUCCGCAACUGUGUACAUGCACGAUAUCGUUAAGCAAACUGUCACGCUCCAUAAGGUUUUGACAAGAUAUCUGCCUCUAGACACUAUGCGGGCGGUGAUGACAGAUGUAUUUAAAAGUUACAAUCGAUGUCUGGGUGAUAAACUUAAAGAUAUAGAUCUGUUUACUGGAGCUGGGAAGAAUCGAUUACUGAUCGAUGCACAGUACCUAAUACAUAAACUAUCUGCGCUGGACGGGGUUGAUGGACCAGGGAAUCAUCUCGAGGUAGUAGUCAACAACAUCAAGAUUAAAGAUCGCCGCCAGUCGAUGGCGGCGGUCAGCACCACUGGACGAGCUGCAUCAUCGGAUGGUGGCCCAGGACGACCCGCCGGGACCAGUGCAACACCGCCUCCGCCACCUGCUGGUAAUGCUGCCGCGGCUGCGGCUGGUGCACAACGAAAAUCCAACUUCGCCUCUGCCUUUGGAAAUAUGCUAAAGACCAAGAAUGCCAAUUUACCAGGAGGAGGUUAAUAUAAAAACUUGUAAUAAUGUCACAGUUUUUGAUUGUCACGCAUAUAAUUAUUAGUCGUCAAUGCCUCCAC